CCAGAGACGUAUACGCCGUCUCUACGUCACUCCUCAGUCCAGCGAGAGACAUCACGACUACGUCCACUUCUACACUCUGUGGUCCUGACGCUGUGUUUCUCCUCCCACAGUCUGAUCUUCGGGGCGAUCACCUGCGUGUCAGGUGUGCUGGGCGUGGCCAGCGGCGUGCAGCUGAGUCGGCGUCUGAGGACGAGGACGGACCGAGCCGACCCGCUGGUCUGCGCCGCCGGGCUGCUCCUCUCGGCUCCCUUCCUCUACCUCGCCAUCUUCUUCGCUCAGGCCAGCACCAUCGCCACAUACGCCUUCAUCUUCCUCGGAGAGACCUUCCUCUCCAUGAACUGGGCCAUCGUGGCUGAUAUACUGCUGUACGUCGUUCCUCCGACUCGUCGCUCCACAGCCGAAGCGUUUCAGAUCGUCAUCUCACAUCUACUGGGAGACGCAGGGAGCCCGUACCUGAUAGGAGUGCUGUCGGACUCUCUGAGGAAGACGGACUCGUUCUUGUGGCAGUUCCGCUCCCUGCAGCUCUCUCUGCUGCUCUGCUCCUUCGUGGCCGUGAUCGGAGGAGGCUUCUUCCUCGCCACCGCCCUCUUCAUCAAGGGAGACCGCGAUCGGGCCGAGAGCCACGCCCCCACAGGUGAGACCGGCACAGCGUUACCGCUCAGCAGGAAUCUGUGAUAACUGUCAGAAUCAUCAGGUGUUCAUGUUUACGACGGUCCUUGAACACAUCAUGUGUGACGAACACUUCCAUCAGAAAAAUCAGCCAAAACAAAUUCUCCAUGUUCUCAUCAUAAAUGUCUCCUCUAAUAAAGCGUUCACUUUAACCAGACUGUGUAAAACAUUAAAUUGUGAAACUAUGACGUCAUGAUUGAUUCAUCUGAGACCAACAGUCAUGUGACAACAAAUCAGAGACACUAAGGGUGCAUUCCAAGUCUCUUAAUUGUCGUU